UCUCUCUCUCUCUUUCUUCUUGUAUCACAUAUAUUUAAGCACGUUCUUGAUUCUUCACUUUCGUCCCAUUUCGUUUUACACAUCCUUUUUCUUGGAAUAGGAAAGACACUCUUCAUGUGUUAAUUUCUUUCUCUCUCUAGAUAUCUUGUUUCUUGUGAGCAAAUAGAUCGAUAGAUACAGUUUUAGGGUUUAAAAGAGGAAGAAUGUCCGCAUAUGUAAGGAUAUGCAAUGGCUUACAUGGGUUGAAACCGACCCUGUUGAUGAUAUUGGCGCAAACUAUAAUUGCUGGUUUAAAUGUUUUCUAUAAACUGGCAUCCAAUGAUGGCAUGAAAUUGCAGAUUUUGGUGGCCUAUCGGUUUCUGUUUGGCACUGCUUUUAUUGUUCCUAUUGCAUUCUUUCUCGAAAGAAAAAAGAGGCCAAAGUUAACGUGGAUGGUGCUCUUCCAAGCAUUUCUCUGUGGUAUGUUUGGAGGGUCAAUGGGGCAAAAUCUUUACUUAAAAAGUCUGACAUUGACGUCCGCUACUUUUGCCUCAGCCACGACCAAUCUCAUUCCAGCCAUUACAUUCAUCAUCGCCGUUUGCUUAAGGUUGGAAAAGCUGGGAUGGCACACAAAGGCAGGUAAAGCAAAGGUGUUUGGAACUUUAUUGGGAAUUGGUGGGGCAAUGCUUCUCACAUUCUACAAAGGGCCUGAUAUCAAUAUAUGGAAGACACAUAUAAAUCUUUUACUGACAACUUCAAGUCAUCCUAAGACUCUACAAACACAAAGUUCACAAGGUGGUCAUUUUCUGUUGGGUUCUCUUUUAGCAUUGGCAAGUUGUGUUUGUUAUUCGCUCUGGUUGAUUAUUCAGGCCAAGGCAGCUGAGAAGUAUCCAUGCCCUUACUCUUUUACUGCUUUGAUGAUGGUAAUGGCAGCGGCUCAAGGCGUGGGAUUUGCUCUGUGUAUGGAGAGAGAUUGGAGCCAAUGGAAGUUGGGAUGGAACAUUAGACUUCUAGCAGUAGUUUUCGCAGGUAUUUUUGGUUCUGGAGUAAUGUUUACCUUAGUUGCUUGGUGUGUUCGUAUGAGAGGUCCACUCUUCGUAUCAAUAUUCAACCCCCUUAUGCUACUGCUGGUAGCCUUGGCUGGAUCUUUGCUAUUGAACGAGAAGCUGCACUUAGGAACGGUGCUCGGAGCAAUUUUAAUUGUUUUUGGACUAUACAUUGUAUUAUGGGGAAAAGGCAAAGAAUUAAAGAGGGUAUCACAGUUGAUGCCAGAAAAAAAUUCUGGAGAUCAGGUAAGACAAGUUGAGAUUGACAUCACGCCUUCGAUGCCAAAUAAUGGAAGUAGUCAUGGCGGCAGAAGUAGUGGCAAUGGUGGAAAAGAAAUCUCUGAGGAGGAAGAAGAAGAAGAAGAAGAGAUGGGGCAUUCUCGGGCGAGUUCAGAUUUUAUAGGGGGUCUUUACAUGUAUGCAUAGAACAAAGAUAUGUUAUUUGACUAGAUAUAUCAUAUACGUAUACAUUUAGUUGUAUGAAAUUCACAAUAGGCAAAUUAUACAUGGAGCAAUUGAUUAGUGGCAUACAUUUAUUUGUAUUCAAUUAAUCACAGUAGGGAAAUUAUACUUCCAUCUCCAUGAGAUGGGAGAUCGUGGAUUUCAGAUAGUCGACUUCAUUCUUCGUGGUUUGCAGACAUCAUUUUCAAUAAUAAGGGAAUACCAAGCUUUUAU